AGGGUGCCCACAGCCUCCUCUUUGUGGCGAGGACACGGGCAGCCUCAGGUGCGGCAGGGGAAGAGCUAGGAUCAGGGAAGAGCUGCUCCCGCCAGCCCGCCCACCGUAGAUCUCCGUGCUGAAAAGAGCACCCCCUCGGGGGCCCCUUUGUCUCCAGGCCAUUCCAAACUCAGCACCGGGAGACGACACAAAGGGACGGUGGGGGCGGAAGGCGCAGGCGCGGGGAACCGCCGAGGAUGCUGGGAGUGGUGGUCCCUCUGCGCGUCGGUAGAUGCCCUCCCGCGCGGGUCUGCAUCCAUCGCCAGGGAGCUGCGCAUGCGCGUUCACUUCCGCCUCGCUCGGCCCCGCCCGCUCGGCACUCCGGGAAGAGGACAGCUCUCUAGUUCUAGGCGUGCGGGGGGCGUUGCCGGCCCCACCACACCUCCUUCUCGUCCAGAUUGGCCGCAGAGAGAUCCUGAAGGAGCUGGAUGACUACUAUGAGAAGUUCAAACGGGAGACGGACGGCACCCAGAAGAGGCGGGUGCUGCACUGCAUCCAGAGGGCCCUGAUCCGGAGCCAGGAGCUGGGCGAUGAGAAGAUCCAGAUCGUGAGUCAGAUGGUGGAGUUGGUGGAGAACCGCAGCAGGCAGGUGGACAGUCACGUGGAGCUCUUCGAAGCACACCAGGACAUCAGUGACGGCACCGGUAGCGGCGGCAAGGCAGGACAGGACAAGUCGAAGAGCGAGGCGAUCACACAGGCGGACAGGCCGAAUAACAAGCGGUCCCGGAGGCAGCGGAACAACGAGAACCGGGAGAAUGCAUCCAACAAUCAUGACCAUGACGACAUCACCUCAGGAACGCCCAAGGAGAAGAAAGCCAAAACCUCAAAGAAGAAGAAACGCUCCAAGGCCAAAGCAGAGAGGGAGGCAUCUCCCGCAGACCUUCCCAUUGACCCCAACGAGCCCACGUACUGUCUGUGCAAUCAGGUCUCCUACGGAGAGAUGAUUGGCUGUGACAAUGAUGAGUGCCCCAUCGAGUGGUUCCACUUUUCUUGCGUGGGACUCAACCAUAAACCAAAGGGCAAGUGGUACUGCCCCAAAUGUCGUGGGGAGAGUGAGAAGACAAUGGACAAAGCCUUGGAGAAGUCCAAGAAAGAAAGGGCUUAUAACAGGUAGUUAGUGGACACUCACCGGCCACCGACAACAAAACCCACCAGUGUAUUUAUGAUGUCGCUGCCUUCUCGGAAGUAUGAGGACGGUCAGAUGAGUAUUUUUAGAGAAAUGGAUCCUCUCCUCGGGAUGGCGGAAACAGCCUGUUGUCUUCAUGGUGUACCUUGUUACCAGACCGGGUAUGCAGAUCAGCAGUCUAGAAACUACAAAUACAGGUUCGAAUUAAACACGUCAGCAAGUGUCAGACUGAUUUUUGGGGUUGGGGAGUGACUUGGAAGUAACCUAACAAAUGUAUAAAGAAGAGACUUAAUUUGGCUGUUUUAACAAAAAUGUUACAGUUUACAAAAAACAAAACAAAACAAAAAAAACAAAUUGGCCAGGUUGCUGAAGCACUCACGGCAAGUGUUCUUCUCACUGCCAUGAUGUGUGCACACGGCAAGUUGGUGGUCCGAAGUCUAAAUAUUAUUAUUUUUUAAAAGAGGUAAAUGGGUAAAUUUUACAUGACAUAUUUUAUACAUGGCCUAUUCCCCAACUGGCCAUUUUUAAUGACUGGGUACAUUUUUAAUAGGUCAGACACACACGGUCCAGGCAGUGGGUCCGAGUCUUGCCUUUGCUACCCUAGGUCAUGGUGUAGCCACCCUUAACUUAUAUGAAGUGUAUAAAUGUACAUUUCCCAGCCACCUUGCCCCCGCUGUAUCAUAACCGGAAGUGCAGCCUGGUGCCUCUAUGAAGCCAAGGUGCGUUUCCUGCUGUGUGUGUGAGCUGGAUAGAUGCUGCGUCAGGAGAUAAAUGAAACUUGGCCAGUACGUUUCUUUAGCAUUUAAUUUUAACAUACAAAUAAUUUUAAAUUUUUGUCUUAAAAAUUUAUACACCAGCAGUUUAGACAAAGCCUUAAGCAAAUUGUAUAUUAUUGAUCUCACGUAAUAAGGAAGUAGACAUUAUGUCCAUGCCAGCAAAUCCGUGUCAAAAGUAUUUAGAGCAGAGGUUAGGAAGUGACUGUGCUUGUGAGGUCUAGCCCCACCAUCUGUUUUUGUAUGACCCGUGAGCUAAGAAUGGUCUCUUAUGUUUCUGAGUGGUUUCCAAAAUCACAUUUCAUGAUACACGGAAGUCCUAUGAAAUGAAGAUUUGCGUGUCUAUAAAUAAAGACUCAUUGGAACACA